UGUCCAAUCAGGUGAAGAGCCUGAAGCUCCGGAAAGAAGCAGAUGAUAUGGCAGCUUUGAGAGCGACCAGGUGGAACUUGCUUUGUUAACAUGGCUGAGCGUUUGAUUAUGAAACCCCUCUGACUCUGAGACGGCAGCUACUCACAAUGAUUUACUUAAUAUUGAUUUCCGCGUUCUCCGGAGCGCUCGUUACGUUGAUAUUACAGUUCUUGCUGAUAUACCGGAGAAACCCCGAGCCCACAGGCAGGACAGAACAGUAUGUCAAAGUAGUGCCUGAUAACGCAUUGAAGGAUUACUUUAAUACCCAACAUGCCGAACCAGGCCAGCAGCAGCAGGACAGCUCAGCAUCUGCUGCAUCCAAACAGCAAGAGGCCGUCUCAGGCCGGCAGCAGGAAGCGGCUGUCAGCGGCGGCAGCCCCAAACAUCCGCCACCGCCUUCCCAAAGCGAGCUCGCUGAUGCGGACAAACCUGAAACGUGCCAUUUCCUAAACGCUAUAUUUUUGUUCCUAUUCAGAGAGCUCCGGGACACCCCUGUGGUCAGACACUGGCUCACCAAAAAGAUCAAGGUGGAGUUUGAGGAGCUGCUGCAGACCAAGACAGCAGGACGGCUCCUGGAGGGACUCAGUCUCAGGGACAUUUCCCUGGGCAAUUCUCUGCCGGUCUUUAAAACGGCCAAACUUAUGAAGCCGGUGCAUUUGAACGAGGACGGUAUGCCCGAGGAGCUCAACUUUGAGGUGGACAUCGAGUACAAUGGCGGCUUUCACCUCGCCAUCGACGUAGAGCUGGUGUUUGGGAAGUCCGCGUACCUGUUCGUUAAGAUGAGGCGCGUGGUGGGCAGGCUGAGGCUGCAGUUCACGCGCAUGCCCUUCUCCCAUUGGUCCUUCUCCUUCCUCGAGGACCCACUGGUAGAUUUUGAGGCGAAGUCACAGUUCGAAGGAAGGCCGCUGCCUCAGCUAACCUCCAUCAUAGUUAACCAGCUCAAACGGGUCAUCAAAAAGAAACACACCUUACCAAACUACAAAAUCAGAUACAAGCCCUUCUUCCCAUUCCAAGUGCAGCCUCCUCUGGGUUCGGCUUGUGAUUUGGACCUGUCAGUCCAGGACAGCAGGCUGGUGGAAGGCCGACUUAAAGUCACCCUUAUUGAAUGUAGCAGACUGUUCAUACUGGGCUCUUAUGACAGAGAAACCUAUGUUCACUGCACCCUGGAGCUGAGCAGCCACCAGUGGAAGGAGAAGACUCGCAGCUCCAUCAAACGGACUGAGGUUAUCAAGGGGCCAUGUGGCAGUGUGGGGAUGACGUUCAGGCAUGUCCCUGCCAGUGAAGGGGAUGCAGUGCACGUCAGCAUCGAGACGGUGACGCCUAACUCCCCUGCAGCCACGGCAGACCUGCAGAAGGGUGACCGCCUCAUUGCCAUCGGAGGUGUCAAAGUGACAUCCUCGGUUCAAGUGCCCAAACUGUUGAAGCAGGCUGGAGACAGAGUGGUGGUACUUUAUGAGAGACCAGUACGUCACCAAACUUACUCUUUUGGAAGCCUGGGCACUCUUCAGGAAGGGUUUGGGCAGCUAGAGGAAACAGGUUUUAUUUCUCAGUCGGGGGGUUAUGAGGAAGACCCUGCCCCAAUCACAACCAUUUCUGACAUACCUGACAACAAAGACAUGGAUUCUGAGUUUGAAGAGUUGAUUGUGGACUCCAAACCUAGCCAGAGUGGUGGUCCUAACAGCAGUACCACUAAUACCAGUGACAUUAAGGAGGAUUCCUUACUUACAGUAAACCAAAGCCCCAAAAGGACUGUGGCCAACUUGGCCUCUAAGCCCCUUGGUACGAUAUCACCUAUCCUCAACCGCAAGUUAAACCUGGUGGGUCUCCAGUCACCAUUAAAGCCCCAGCCCAAAGAAUCACCAAAGCCGUCACCACAUAAGACCACUAGUGAUCCUGGGGAAGGUCUGCAACGGCCAACCAUCCCUCCCCCACCUCCACCUUCUCGACCCCCAGUACCGCCAAGACCUCAGAUAAGGUUGACAUCAGCCUCCUCAGAAACCAGUCUUUUGGAAGGUGUUGAUUCUGUUACAACUACAAAUACUACUGUUGGUCCUACCAUGACUACCACCAUCAGCACUACUGAAAAAUCUCCAGAAAAAGCUCCUCUCACUGGAACCAAUGAGGAUAAAGCUGGCACUGAGAAGAUAUGUGUGAAACAGGCUGAGGUGAAACAGUCUACCCGGCCAGCAGAGUCCAGUGAUGAGCUCCCUUGUGCUGUGACUAGCAGCAGCAAGAUUGAUCAAGCAAAGGACAAAAUUUCAGAAAGCUCCUGCAGCACAAGGGACAGUCUAGAGGAUCACUCCCUCUGGGAAUCCCCAGAAACCAUGUUUCGUAACCAGACAGCACGCUGGCCCAAGGCCUCUGUGGUGUUUGAGGUGGAGAGCAACCAUAAGUACCUUAAUGUGGCCCUGUGGUGCAAAGAUCCCUUUAAGCUGGGCAGUUUGUUGUGCCUGGGUCAUGUCAGCCUCCAGCUAGAGCAUUUAGCCCUGGAAUGUAUGGCCACAUCAUCAGCCGAGUACCAGAGCACCUUUAGGUUGGGGCCUCCAGAGCCCAGAGCUAACGUCAGCCGCACUGCACUACGCAGCCUCAGUACCCACAAGGGCUUCAAUGAGAGGCUGUGUUACGGAGAUGUUACUCUGAAUUUCUGUUACUUAGCUGAGGGUGAACUAGAGUAUCCAGGGGGACUAGCAGAAAGGGAGCGAGAGGGGAGUCUCCAUGAUGAGGAUCUAAGGGAGAGGGAGAGAGAGCAUAUCCCCUCAGCACCACGUGAUGACUUGGCCUAUGGCACCAUGCAGUUGGUGGAGGUUCGUCACAACUUCCAGGACACCCAGUUCCAGAACCCCACCUGGUGUGAAUACUGCAAGAAGAAGGUUUGGACCAAGGCAGCCUCUCAGUGUAUGAUCUGCGCCUAUGUUUGCCACAAGAAGUGCCAGGACAAGUGCCUCACUGAGAAUCCCUUCUGUGUGGCAGCAACUGAACGUCGUGGAGCUGACCCUGAAGCCAAAUCUACCAUAAACCGGGCAACCACUGGCCUAACGCGCCAUAUCAUCAACACCAGCUCCCGCCUGCUUAACCUCCGCCAGGUGCCCAAGACUCGGCUGGUUGAGCAGGUGGCUGAUGUGGUACCUGGAGUGGUGGAACCCUCGCCCAAGCAUACCCCCAAUACUUCAGACAAUGAGAGCAGUGAUACUGAGACCUACACCAGUGGCGCCAGCCCCUCAAAGCAGCCUGCCGGCAGUGGUAGCAGCAGUAAGCUUGUACGAAAAGAAGGUGGGUUGGAUGACAGUGUGUUCAUUGCUGUGAAGGAGAUAGGCCGUGACCUCUACAGGGGGCUGCCCACAGAUGAACGCUCCCAGAAGCUUGAGUUGAUGCUGGACAAGCUGCAGCAAGAAAUUGACCAGGAGCUGGAGCACAAUAAUGCACUUCUGCUGGAGGAGAGAGAGGCCACAGAUGCCCGGCGCAAGGUCCUAAUUAGUACUGCCCUGGCCAAGUCUGGGGAGAGACUCCAGGCCCUCACCCUGCUAAUGAUCCACUACCGAGCAGGCAUUGAGGACCUGGAGUCAGUGGAGAGCACUUCUCCUUCAGAGCAACAAGGCUUUAAAGGCAAAGGAGAAGCCCUGGAGGAAGAGGCCCUGAUGGGGGCAGAGGUCUAUGACAGUGACAUAUGCAGCCCUGUGGAGGUGCAGCUGCUGGACGACAUUACUGAGGAGCAGAUCUGUGUCGAGGCACUCCACUAAAUAAGACUUGAAAAGAGAAAGAGGAGGAACAAGUGCUUUGGGCUCAGGCCUCCCAGCUAAUUUAUGUCCAGUUUGUUAUUUGAGAUUGGGAAAUUUCAGAAGUGCGUUUUAAAUAUGGGGGAUAUUGGGAUUUUAUUUUACAUGAAAAAGAACAGAUGGGUAAAGGAAUUUCCUCCCUAAGGAUUCAUGGUAAACCUGUUAUUGAUGUUUUUAUUUGCACAGUGUGAUGCCGUUUCUAUGCUCUGGGUUUUUAAAGGGAAGCUUGAGAGCUACGCUAUUCUCUGCCCUCAGUAGUGCUGCAUGUGUAUUCUCCAGUUUUGUUUUUCUGUGGCUUCAAAAUGUCAUUGUAAGCAUUUAUUUUACUUUGCUUUCUUGUCCGUAACUGCUUUGACGUAAGGACUUAUGUCACUUCUGUGGUCUUCUAGUCUGAUACAUCUGAACUUUGGAAAAGAAAAAGAACUGUUCAAUAUUUGUUUGCUGUGAGUAACAAGCCCAUAUGAAGGAGAAAUAUUUGAGUUUAACAGUGUGAAUACUGCUAGGGAAAAGCAGGUUUAGACAUCCACUCAGUGGAACUCCUUUGUCUACGGACCCUGCAAUACAUAUCUUUUCUUUUGAGCACUUUUUUUUAACUAUUAUAUUUUAGAUGUUUUUCUCCCUGCUCACAAAGCUCUUUGGGAUUUCAACAGCUGCAUCAUUAUUAGUGGAAUCUUAUAUGUAAUUUGCCUCUUUCUUUUGCUUUGUUUGUUUGUAUUGGUUAGGCCAAAUGCAUCUGACUAUGUUACCCAUAUUUUUCUUAAGGAGGUUAUUGUCCUGGUUUAUAGUUAAUUAAUUAAUUUUUGUUUUUUUGGUCUUGAUCAGAACUUUUAUGGGUGCAAUGUGAGAAUGACACAUAAUUGACUUUUUUUGAUUGAUCUCUGAACGAAUGUUACUGCUCUCAUGAUGUUAAGAUUCUCCAACAUUUAUUUAAUUGGUUAAUGUGUGCGUGUUUGUGUGUAUGAAGAUGAUGUGAUUUAAUGCUGAUCAUUUGCCUUGAUAAGUUGUUUUGAUGUUUUCAUGCCCAAAUGAAUGUGUGUUUAGCCCUUUCUGUGUUUUGUGUAUAGACAGCUGUUUGGCACUGCCUCCCACCAUUUUCUUGCAAAACAAAAGCAAGCAUUAAUGUAGCCUGUUACAGUGAUUCUGUCUUAACCAGCUCCAGCUCCCAAGUGCUAUCCUGUUAAUUUCUCUUUUAUGCCCUCAUAGAGCCACUGGAAGAUAUAGUUUUGUAAGGAAGGAGUAUCUUACUCUUGCAUAUCAAAAGGAAAAAUCUACCCUGAAACACUGGAAAUGUUUUUUUAUGUCCUUUUCUUUCUUUAUCCUGAAGAUUAUUUUGCCAAUCACUUCCACAUCACAUAUUUCCAGCACAAAUACAGUUGAGUUUGUCAGUGGAUACUGAGUGAGAUUGAGAUUGAUUGAAUAUCAGAAUUUUGACGUUCAACAAGCAUACAGGGAGAACUCCAUUAAAGGAUAGUCAACUCGAUUGAAAGUAAGUGGGCUUUCUGAAGGAAAACAACCCUGCGUUCAAAACAGACUAUGAAACACGAAUCCAGUUGGAGUAAUGGGUUGAUGAGUUUAAAGGUUUAUCAGACACUAAAACACUACACAGACAUAAAGUUAUCUCUGCAGCAAUCAUUUUGUCUUUGAUCCUGACCAUCGCAAGGUAAGCAGUAGAAAUAUACUGUUCACGUUUAAAACUAAUCUACUAGGGAUGUGCGCUUCCAAGUGUUUGAUUGGCCACUACAGCACCUUGCCUGAUGAUGCAUUGCAUUGAGGCAAAGGUUAAGGCAACUUUUAAACUGGAUAAUCCUGCCUUGGCCCCUACACUGUGCCUCUGAAGUAGCCUUAUUAAUGCUGAAGACACACCAGAUCUGACUGAUGUCAAGUUAAUGGAUCAUAUUUGUUUUUUGAAGGAGAGCAGGGGAUUAUCUGGCAGCGUGGUUAUGCAAAUAAAGUCCGUCCUGUGUAAUGCCGCAGGCUUACAAAAGUCAUCUGAUCAAAUACGAAUAAAGAUUCUGUUACUACAUCAAAACAAGUGUUUUCAGAAAAAUGUUUUAGUGAACUGUUUAGCCUUAAUGUGUAAACCUAUCUGGGCCAGCCACCACAUUGAUCAUGGCAGAUCCAGAACCAAGCACUGCCCAACUCACAGUUUUGUCACCUACCAGCCAGUACAUCCAGAUCUGGAUUCUGUGUGUUUGCUGCAUAACACCUUUAUAUACCUUCUCCAUUAGUUGUUGAAUGGCAUUUUAAUUAAGUCUUCAGUAUGGUUCAAAGAAAGUGCCAGCAGCAUCUGAAACCUCCAGUCCAACAGUGAGAGAUGGUCCCUGGGUCAAUCAACUUUUAUACACAACAAUCUGACAGCCCACUUUAUGUAGUGUGCAGAGGUGCAUAGGUGUAAAGCUACUUCCAUUUAUUUUUCUGUGAGCAAGUACAAAUACAACACGUUAAUGAUUCUGAGGUUAAACUUAUCCUUAGUGUACCCUGCACCCAUUUGUACAAUUCAUUGUGUUAACACACAGGGUGUAAGGUGUAAUAGAGUAAUCAGGAAAUGACCAUGAUGUAGCUAAGGAGAGUUGGCCUUUGAGUUUAGCCAUUGGGAACAGGUAUAAACACUCUUGCUUUUAGACGUGUUUGAUGACACAUUGUGCAAAGGAGUUGAAACAUACUGAGGGCUUUAGGGCAGGUGUUUCCAACCUUCUAAGAACCAGACAGUUUGUUCAUCAACAGCAUUGUUGCAGACCAGUCGACCCAAAGCCUCGACGACUUAAAGUAAAGAACAGAUUAGGUAUCUCCCUAAAGAAACUUUCAAACUCUGUUUUUGUUUUGUACUGAUUUAGCUAGCUAGUUGCAGCAGUCAUAGGAACACAGCACUUGCAAAAGAUAAAAUUGCUAAAUAAAAUGGGUAUGUAGGUGUUGAGGUUGCGUAUUGAUGACCGACUUUCGAAAUCAGUCUCCUGUUAUUGAAUAUUAUUGUUCUUAUUGGUAUAUUGUUUCUUCACAGCCCGAUAGAAUUGUACAUAGCCUGGUACCAGUAAUGGGUUUUAAACCACUGAAUUAGGGCUAGGACUAUGGUGACAUUUUUUAAUUUUAGUACAAAAAAAAUAUGAUGGUAGAUUUAACCAUUGACAUAUGAAAGAUGGCGGUCGGGUCUCCACUUCCUCUCUGUUCAAAAAUUGCAUAUAUUCCAAAUAUGGAGGCCGCAUCGAAGUCCUGCCUAUACACCUAGCUGACUCAAUCGCUAGCAGGGCUCAGCUAUCAAUCAUGAUGUAAAACCUCUUUUUAUAGCUUCAGAAAACACAUCAGCAUGAUUAAAACAACCUAAAAUGACAGAAACCAUCUUUGGGAAAAAUUGUUGUAAGUGUAUUUUGUCUUUUUAGUUUGGCUUAUCGGCUAAUAUGGAGACAGCACUGCAGUCAGCCACCAGGGGGCAAUUAAGAUGUUUUAGCUUAUUUUAAAGAGCUGUCAUGUUAUCCAUCUUUAUAUAUGAAUUCAACAAAUAGGACAGUAACAAGACAUCAGCCAAAAUGCAUUGAAAACAAGAGUUACCAGAGGGUAGAUUUUUAAUGUUUACUCUACAUUAAAAUCCAAAAGGACUCGUCCGGGUUAAUGGGAGUAAGUAAUCGAGACUCUAAGAAAGCAAUGGUACAUUUCCUGUUCUUUUCUGUGUAAUAGACAUGUUGCUCAUGUAGAUAAUGGCUUACUGGCUGCUGUACUUCAAUCUCGUCAAUCUCUUUUCAGUUUCUAUGUAUCCAGAUUUUUUGUGCUAUAUUUUUGUUAGAAAUUAUGCUGAUAAUUAGUAAUGAAUCUCCAUGUCUGUGAUUUUCUUUCCUUUUAAAAUGUGCAGUCUGUGUUGUCAACUGUCUGCUAAUGUAACCUGAGGGAUUUUUGGGAACCAAUGAGAACCUGUUCACUCUGAGUUCACUCUGUAAACCCCUCCUUUGGCCUGAGAAGCAGUGCUUUUGCUGCUGCUGCCGCUGCUGUUGUUAGAAUGUGCUCUUUCACAGAACCCAUAGUCACACGAUUCUGCCCCACCCGCCCGCCCACCCACCCUAACCUUUGAAACUACACUCACAAUAUGACUGACCACCACAGUUUGUUUCUUUUUGUGUAUGUGAGGGAUGUUGUACACAGUUUUUGAGAAGGCUCAUGUGAUGAAGCUUUAUUGUACAUAACCUAAAUAAACAAGCUCAAAUAAA